AGAGAACUGAACUGAUCUGACUGAACAUGGACAGAUGCUUCAUACUGAUUCUCAUUCUGGGAACAGGUUUGGUGGCUGGAGACAACAUUGAGCCAGAUAAAGGGACAGAAAAAACCUCUAAAGAAACCGAAACUGUCAAAUUGAGCUGUUCAUACAGUACCAGUAGUGAAUAUGUUCGGCUUUACUGGUACAGACAGUAUCCUAAUGGAGAACCACAGUAUUUAUUACUCAAAGGUGCUCGAUCACGUAGUUCUGAUCAACACACCUCUGAUCGUCGAUUUCAGUCGACUACAUCAAGCACAUCCACUGAACUCACUAUUACUGAUGCACGUCUGUCAGAUUCAGCUCUCUAUUAUUGUGCUCUAAGAAUCGGCCAGGCCCAACUCUCCACCAACCACAACGCUCCACAUCACCAGAAUGUCACGGCUGUGGACAAAAUUGAGCCAAACAGAAGGACCAAUAUCAUCAAAGAGACUGUAACUCUGAGCUGCUCUUAUGAGUCAGACAGUGAAUAUAGAGCAAAUCACCUUCCUAGAUACAUCCUGAGGAGAGACAAGUUUGGAAUUGGAGAAAAUGGCACUGAGUUUCACGAGAGAUUUCACUCUGAAUUUUCAUCAGAUUCAGUUCCACUGACAAUCCAUGAUGUGCGUGUGUCUGACUCUGCUGUGUACUACUGUGCUCUGAAGCCCACACUAUCUCAGUACACGGAAGAUGAGAGUGCGCGGCCGAUCGGAGCCUCUCCCUCCGUCAUACACGCGGUGCGCCCGGUCAAUCUCAAUGUCACGGCCCCUCAAGGAAGGAAUCCACUUGGGAAGAUGAACUCUGAGGAAACCAGCCGCGUCGGAUCCCUCAGCCCCCUCUGGCAGCCCCACCAGUUGUACUUUGUUCCUCCUGCACCUGUCCUCCAUAUCUGUCAUCUUCUCUCUGCUGUCUUUGGAAAUGUAAUUAAACCAAACAAAACCGAUAUUGUUUAUGAGGAGGAUUCAAAUGUUACAUUGACCUGUAGUCAUUCCCCUGGAGCUUCAGAUACUCUCUACUGGUACCGUCAGUAUGGAAGAUCAAAACCUGAAUUUCUUGUACUCACCUACGGUAGUGCAAAAGAAGCUCAGCGGUCUGAUGUAGAUCCAAGAUUUUCUGUUAAACUUGAAAAAAGGGAAAAAAAACACGUGGAUCUGGAGAUCUCUUCUGCUGCUGUAUCAGACUCUGCUCUGUACUACUGUGCUCUGCAGCCCACAGUGACAGGAAACACAUCAGCUCUCUACAAAAACCUGUUACAGUGAGAGACAAGAGAGAAACACAGAGACAGAGAUGAAGACGGAGAGAAAGAAGCUGUAACUGAUCAUUACAAUAUUAUGUGUCAGAAAAAUAAUAGAAUAGAAAAAUCACAGGUUUGGUGGCUGGAGACAACACUGAACCAGAUAAAGGGACAGAAAAAGCCUCUAAAGAAACAAACUGUCAAGCUGAGCUGCUCAUAUAGUACAAAUAGUGAAUAUGUUUAUCUUUACUGGUACAGACACUAUCAGAGAACUGCAACUGUAUUUAUCACGCAAAGGUGCACGAUCAUAAUACACCUCUGCUCUUCAGUUUCAGUCGACUACAUCACAAACAUCCACUGAACUCACUAUUACUGAAUACUGAUGCACGUCUGUCAGAUUCAGCUCUCUAUUAUUGUGCUCUAAGAGUAGGAGCCCAGUGAUACAAAACAUGAGACAUGUCGUACAAAAAUGAAGCUCUUUUCACUUUGAAUAUAUCUAGUGAAAACCACAAUCAAAACCAGAAUCUGUUAUAAUAAUAUAUGUGGUUACACCUGUCAGAGGUUAAAUUUGGCCUUUUAUAAAACUUAAAAAUACGUACAGAAUAUCAUGUUCCAUGUGGUUACUUCAGUGCACAAAUGCAUGUCUUGAAAAAAGUCAAAUGUUUGUCAUCAUUUACUCACCCUCAUGUCGUUCCAAACCUGUAUGAAUUACUUUUUAUGUUGAACAUUAAAGAUGAU